AUGAAUUAGAAAUUUAAAUUCCAUGAGAAAAGCCAAUCGUUACCAUUAAUAGUUAGAAAACCAAUUGCAGUUAUGAAUUAUAAAUUGUAUGAAAAAUAUCAGCACUCUCAAAAUUACUACUACAUAAGGGAUAUUAAUGAAAUAUUAGGUGAUGCUAAUACCAAAAUAGUCAUUACUUUUAAAGAUUAGCUGGCUAUGGACGAGGAUGAAGAAUACCUUAAGAGAUUUUAUUAAAUGAAGGAAUUUCCUCAAAAAAUACAGUUACUCACAGAAUACUACAAAUUCCAUAUAGAUAUUGCACGAGUAUUUUAAGAGCCAAUCUGUUCAAUUUUAAACAAAUAUUAUGAUAAGAAAAGGAAGUACGAUUAUUUUAGGAUUGCUAAAAUGAUUGAAGAGGAAAACAAAUUAAAUCCAAAUAAACCACCUAAAGGAAUAGUGGGUGAGAGACCUUCCCCUGCAAAUUCAUAGGAAUCUGAGCUUCUAGAUAGAGAGGACAAGGAGUAACAGAAUAUCAAAAAUAUUUAAAUAUUAAAAGAACUAAGUUGGUUAAAACCUGAAAAAACUCUGCCUAUAGAAGUCUCUCAAACCAUAAAUGAGUUCUGCAAUUAAUUAGGAUCUGGAGGAGACUAAUCAUCCCUUUCAAUAGUUAAAUUUACUAAAUAAGAUAAAGUAACCUUAGAUAAUUUUCUAAUGUACAUCGGAGAUAAAGCCAAUUUGAAUUAGAGAACAUCUCCAACUACAAGGAAACCCCAAGAAUAAUUGAUCUAGGAGUUGAUCAUUAGUUAGAAGGCUAAGAUGUCUUAAAAGGAAAAUAAAAAUUCGAGCAUGCAUAAUAAGAACGAAACCAAAUAUAGUAUUGGGUCGAUCGAGAUAAGGAAUAAUUUUGUGAAGGAUCAAUUUAAUAAUAUCUCAAAGAAAUCAAAUCGAUAAGCCUCGACAGAUAUUAUUGAGAGUGGAACUAGAUUGGAGAACAAACCUCAGGAAUUAAUUAAAGUUAAGUCAAAGACUAUAGUAAGUAAAAACUAACUAAAAAUUAAUAAAUUCAUUGGUGAUCUCAAUUAAAUUUCACCCACUCUAUCUUUGCAUAAAACAUCCAUAUGUUCAGCCUCUUUGAAAUCAUAAUAACCUCUUAUUUAAUCGUAGAAUAACCAUAAGCCUAAUCAAGUAGUUAAACUUUAACUAGAUGAAGUUGAAUAAUAGUAAAAAUUAAGAAAUGGAGCAAUAACUCACAGACCUUUAUCUGGAACAAAUGCGUUUUUUGGGUCUUCAUCAACCAGGAACAGUCCUUCAAUUAAUUAUCAAAAAUUGGCCAAACCAAAAUAACAUAAGGAUGAUUUUUACAGAUAAUAGAAACUCAAAACUACUAAUUCACCUCAAAAAAACCAUCAAUUAGAGAUGCUUGCAAAAGAUCUAUUUCUUAAGGCAUAAAAUGCUUAAAAAUAAAAGAAUUCUGCUCAUACAAAGCAGAGUUCAAAUUAAGAUAAGAUACUUCACUAAUAUAAUAAACAAAAACCUAGUAAUGUGUAAUAAUAAUAAUAACACAAUUUACUCGAAAAGAAAUAACAUAAAAAAAAUAAAUCUGAUGGUAGAGCUUUGUAAAAUAAGUUGUCAAUCCAUGAAUUGGGAUGUUUGACUGAAAGAAAUGAUAAAGAAACUAAAUAAUUAUUAAAUAAAGUAAAUAAAAACAGUUCUCCGUAACCUUAAAAUUUUAGAAGAUUACACAGUGAAAAAUAGGAAUCGCUCUCGAGUAAUAUGAAAGGGAUGUUAAUUUAAUCGAUGUUGAAACCAUUUGCCAAAUAAAAUCUAUAGAGUUAAUAGGAUCUUAGGUCUCUAAUUCAAAGUUAAAAAAAAAAGUUUUGA